UACACAGCCCUAGACGAGACCAAAUCGCAAAUCCGAGUCCUAAAGCUCUACCGCGCUAAAAACUUCGGCGAUCCGCUCGUUCUCGAUGUGCAGAUCCAAAAUCUAGACGACGACAUGCUGAGCAACCCAUUCAGCCGCUACACUGCGCUGUCGUAUUGCUGGGGUCCACCAAUCAUGGACGCGUCCAUUAUCCUGGCCGGGCAUCACUUUCCAAUCACCAAGAGUCUCGAAUCGGCGCUGAGACAUCUGCGGAACAAAGGAGACUAUGAGCUUUGGUGGAUCGAUCAGAUUUCGAUCAACCAAGCCGAUAUCGACGAAAGAGGCAGUCAAGUGUCUCUCAUGAGGCAGAUAUACAAGCGAGCUGGCUCCGUCCAAGUCUGGUUGGGCGACGAAGCGGACGAUAGCUCCACCGCCUUCGAUGUUCUCAACAGG